UGUGCUCUCUCAAAGAGUUUCUCUCUCCUCUCUUUCUCUCUCUGUCUCUCUCUCUCUGUGUAAACGGCAGCUACAAUUGGUUCACUAUGGCCGGGAGAAAGAGGAAGCUGAAAUCGUUAGCUGAAACCAUCACAAACAGUAAAAGAAGAGUAAGCAAGGAGAUAAGGGAGAAACUGGAGCUACAGACUUGGUCUGACCUUCCUACGGAACUUUUGGAACUCAUUGUGUCUCGUUUAGCUCUGAAGGAUAAUAUUCGUGUAUCUGUUGUAUGCAAGAGAUGGCACUCAGCUGCCAUUUCUGUGCGGGUGGUCAACCAGUCGCCAUUGCUAAUGUACUUUCCGAAAUUUGGUGACCUGUACGAAUUCUAUGACCCCUCGCAGCGCAAAAUCUACUCCUUAGAGUUACCUGAGCUGACUGGGUCUAGGAUUUGCUACACCAAAGAUGGUUGGCUAUUGCUAUACAGACCCAGAUCGCAGCGUGUGUUCUUCUUUAAUCCUUUUACUCGCAAGAUGAUAAAGGUACCAAGAUUCGAGUUGACUUAUCAGAUAGUUGCAUUUUCUUGUGCCCCAACUUCUGCCAGCUGCAUACUUUUUACGGUAAAACACAUCAGUCCCACAAUUGUUGCUAUUAGCACUUGCCGUCCUGGGGAAAGAGAGUGGACGACUGUUAAUGUCCAGAAUCGUUUGCCCUUUGUGAGUAGCAUUUGGAACAAGCUUGUUUUCUGCAAUGGACUCUUUUAUUGUCUAAGCCUCACCGGUUGGCUAGGGGUAUUCAACCCCCAGGAACGCACUUGGAGUGUUCUUGCUGUUCCUCCACCCAAAUGCCCCGAGAACUUUUUUGCCAAAAAUUGGUGGAAAGGCAAGUUUAUGGCUGAGCAUAACGGAGACAUAUUAGUGAUAUAUACAUGUUCUAGUGAAAACCCAAUUAUAUUUAAGCUGGAUCAGACGAGGAUGGUUUGGGAGGAAAUGAAAACCCUUGAUGGUGUGACUCUGUUUGCGAGUUUCUUGUCAUCUCAUUCAAGAACUGACCUCCCUGGAAUAAUGAGAAACAGUGUCUACUUCUCUAAAGUUCGUUUCUAUGGAAGGUGUUGCAUAUCAUACUCUCUUGAUGAUUGUAGAUACCAUCCUCGCAAGCAGUGUCAUGACUGGGGAGAGCAAGAUCCUUUUAAGAACAUUUGGAUUGAAGCACCUCAAGACUUCUCAACCUUGAAUUGGUAGUGAAACAAUUCAGUCUGUGGAAGUUUAUUGGAUUUUGUGCUAUAGAUGGUUUAUGUGUAACAAGUUGCUUAUUGGGGUCAAUUUUACUCCGUAAAGAACUCAUUUAAUUCUGAACUCCUGUUUCUUUUUUAUAUGCAAGUCGUGUAAGUUAUAGAUGAACUUUUCCAGACAUGUACCAACGCUUCAUGCUCUGAGUUCUGAAAUUUUAUCUAA